GACUUUUAAAAGUUAGUUAAUCUUUAACAAUUACUAUUACUACGGUACGUUAUGAAAUUAAUCAUAAACAUUGUACCUAAUUUAGCUACAAAAGAAUACUAUAAUUCAAGGUAGGUUGUUAUGCGAUUGAGAUUUUACUUCUACACAAACAAUCAUGGAGAAACGGACAAUUCUAUGGUACAUGACUUUCUGGGGAUUUGCUAUUAAUUACAUGUUUCGAAUGAAUAUUAAUAUAGCCAUCGUUUCAAUGAUUAAACAUUCAAUAUCGAAAACUAAUGUUACGAUUAUAUAUGAGUGUCUUAGGCACACCGAAUCGUUGAAGUUAAACAAUACUGUUGCACAAAUAUCUUCAGUGGAUCUAAAUGAUAAUAAAUUUGAAUGGGACGAAUAUCAGCAAAAUUCAGUGCUGGGUGCAUUUUUCACAUUACAUGUAAUCAUGCAAAUACCAGGUGGAGUUUUGGCACAACGUUAUGGUACAAAAACCGUUUUUGGUAUCAGCAACGGUGUGGCAGCGGUAUUGUCCUUUGCCGUACCUGCAUCUGCAAAAUUCAACUAUAAAGCACUUGUGCUUAUUAGAAUUAUUCAAGGAUUUAUAUCCGGUGCUGCGUGGCCUUCAAUGCAUACAAUGACCGCUAAUUGGAUACCACCACACGAGAGAAGUCGAUUUGUUUCAGCAUACCUAGGAAGUUCGGUCGGUACAGCAGUAACAUAUAUUAUGUGUGGAUAUCUUAUCGCUUCGUUUGGUUGGGAGAGUGUAUUUUAUGUUAGCGGAGGACUAGGUCUAUUGUGGGCUAUUUGUUGGAUUUUACUAGUCUAUGAUACUCCUGCCAAACAUCCAACUAUCAGUAUUAAAGAAAGAACAUACAUAGAAAAUUGCCUUGGUAAAACCAUAGAAACUAGAUCAAAACCGUUAUCGAUACCUUGGAAAUUAUUACUUUCAUCCAAAGUACUGUGGAUUAAUUUAGUCACUCAAGCUGGAGGUAUCUGGGGUUUAUUUACACUUGCAGCUCAAGCUCCAUCAUAUUUUAACUUUGUCUUAGGUUUAAAUAUAAAACAGACAGGUUUAUGGUCGGGAUUGCCUCAUUUUGUACGAUGGGUGUUUGCUUUUGGAUAUAGUAUGAUAAGUGAUCGUUUAGUGAAAUCUCAAAAAAUGUCUAUGACCAAUGUACGAAAGUUGGCGACAUGCUUUUGUAAUAUUUUACAAGGGUUUUUCAUUUUGGGUCUUUGCUAUUCUGGAUGUAAUUCAUUGGUUGCAAUAAUCAUGCUUUUUAGCGCGACUGCCGUAAACGGUGCAGUAUCUUCUGGGCCACUUGCUGCAGUAGUGGACAUUGCUCCUAACUAUGCAGGAGUGGUUCUAGGAAUUAUUGGAACUGUUGGCUCUACUUCUGGAUUCAUUUCACCCUUAAUUGUUGGUUAUUUUACCUUACAUCAGCAAACAUUGAGUCAAUGGUGUAAAGUAUUUCAUUUGUCUGGAGCAAUAUGCAUAGGUACUGGAUUAAUUUACAUAUUUUUCGGAACAUCAGAUAUACAAAAAUUUAAUACAUACGAUGAUUCAAUUUCAAAUGAAAAAGAAUUGAAAUUAAUCGUUAAGAAACCUAAUAAUUCUCCAAUUUGGAUACAUAGGUUUUUGGUUUUAUGUAAAAGUCUAAAUUUAUUAGUUGAUUUAUUUUUACAUUGUUCAUGUAUAACAGAUAAGUGUUAUUCUUAGUAAUCUAAAUAAUCUAAAUAUAUGACAUUUUUAUUUGAGGAUAGACAUUAAAUAUAAUAAUAAGUAAACUUUAUUAUUUGAUUUAUUAUAUAACAUGAAGUUGUGUUCUUUAAUAAUUGUUAAUUAUACAAAUAUAAAUAAUUAUUAAAUAUAAAUGUAUCUAUUACCAUUUACCAGUGCUACUUGUAUUUAAAAUUACUUAAAAAAUAAUUGUAAUUAUGUUGGCCAUUAUUAUUAAUAAAAAAUUAAUGUUCAAGAUAAAUCUAAUUAUAACAUAAAUUAUUGUACAACCACUAUAUAUUGAUUUAUUUUAUUAUAUGAAUAAUUACUUUAAUUUUUGUUGUCAACAUAAAAUUAAGAUAGGCCGUAUGAUAUGAGUAAAAUAUAAGGCCACCGAUAUAUCCUCUGUGAUAUGGCCUCCUAAGUAAAAAUCCUA